AUGGGAAAUAAUGGUUUUGAUUCCGAUUUUGCUCUUCUUGAGUCCAUUCGCCGUCAUCUGUUAGAUGAUUCCGCCAUGAAUUCCGACAGUGGAGCUCCACCGAUGUAUUGCCGGACUAACACCUUGCUUCCUUGCUUUUCCGACACCUGGGGUGAAUUACCCUUGAAACAGAAUGAUUCUGACGACAUGUUAAUAGCUCGGUUUCUUCACGAAGCGUUGGAUUUUGAAUGCCUCCCGUCGCCGGCAAUGACAAUGGUACCGAUUACAGCCACUGUUAAGUCUGAGCCUGAGAAUUUUGUGGGAUCGCCGGUGAUGUCCAGUUAUCAAGCGGAAUCGCCGCUGGAAACUGCGGGAGUGGAUGGUGUGAACCAGCAGAGAGGGAAACAUUACAGAGGUGUGCGGCGACGGCCAUGGGGUAAGUUCGCGGCGGAGAUUCGGGAUCCGGCGAAGAACGGUGCUCGGGUGUGGCUGGGGACAUUUGAGACGGCGGAGGACGCGGCGUUUGCUUAUGACAGGGCAGCAUAUAGGAUGCGUGGUUCUCGUGCUUUACUAAAUUUCCCACUCCGAAUUAAUUCCGGCGAGCCGGAGCCAGUAAGGAUAACCUCAAAACGGAAGGCAACAUCGCCGGCGAGCUCAUCGGAAGAUGGAUCGCCAAACAGGACAAAGAAGGUGGCAACAGAUCUACGUGGCAGAUAG